GAGGGCUAGCGGCGGGGCCGGCAGACGAAGCAGGAGCGGCAGCAUGGCAGCGGCGGAGGGAGGGCGGCAGGUCGCGAACUUCGGCGCCGGGCCGGCGAAGCUGCCGCGCUCCGUAUUACUAGAAGCACAGAAAGAAUUGGUAGACUAUAAAGGACUUGGUAUAAGUGUUCUUGAAAUGAGCCAUCGGUCUUCAGAUUUCACAAAAAUUCUAAAUACAACUGAAAAUCUCAUGCGUGAAUUGCUAAAUGUACCAGACAACUACAAAGUUAUUUUCCUUCAAGGAGGUGGAUCUGCUCAGUUCAGUGCCGUCCCACUUAACCUUAUUGGUUUAAAGGAGGGAAGGCAGGCAGAUUAUGUGGUUACUGGAGGUUGGUCAGCAAAAGCAGCUAAAGAAGCGGAGAAGUAUGCCAAAGUAAAUAUUGUUCAUCCCAAACUAGGAGCCUAUACAAGCAUUCCUGAUCCAAGCACUUGGAAUCUUAAUCCGGAUGCGUCUUAUGUGUAUUAUUGUGCUAAUGAAACUGUUCAUGGUGUGGAGUUUGACUUUGUACCUGAUGUCAAAGGAGCAGUCUUGGUUUGUGAUAUGUCAUCAAACUUCCUGUCCAAACCUGUGGAUGUUUCCAAGUUUGGUGUGAUUUUCGCUGGUGCUCAGAAGAAUGUUGGCUGUGCUGGAGUUACUGUUGUAAUAGUACGUGAGGACUUGCUGGGAUUUGCCCUGAAGGAAUGUCCUGUUGUACUGGAUUACAAAACACAGGCAGCAAAUAGCUCAUUGUAUAACACUCCACCAUGCUACAGUAUUUAUAUAAUGGGAUUGGUACUGGAAUGGAUAAAGAAUAAUGGUGGAGUUGCAGCAAUGGAUAAACUCAGUUUAAUCAAGUCACGGAUGAUUUAUGAUAUUAUAGACAAAUCUAAUGGAUUUUAUGCAUGUCCAGUGGAGAGAAAGAACCGAAGCAGAAUGAAUGUACCUUUCCGCAUUGGCAGUGUCAAGGGUGAUGAAGCCCUGGAGAAGAAAUUUCUUGAGAAGGCUGUGGAACUUAACAUGAUAUCUCUGAAAGGACAUCGGUCUGUGGGAGGAAUCCGUGCCUCUUUAUAUAAUGCGGUGACUGUAGAAGAUGUUCAGAAGCUUGCAACAUUCAUGAGAAGCUUCAUGCAGAUGCAUCAGUCAUAAAUGCCCAUGGGUUAGAGCCAUGCUGCACUCAGCUAAAGGGGUUUAACAUGACUGUGGUACUGCACGGCUGUAGCGCACAAGUUUAUUUUCUUUUAGUUCCUGUAGAAAUAUUAAUUAACUGAAUGGAACAGAGGCCCAGUCUUGCAGUGCUGCAGCAACUUUGGCUUUACUGAAGAUGAGGAUCCCCAGACUGAUCAUGACUGAUUGCAAAAUUUGAAAAUGUGUGGUUAAAACAUGAAUAACAUUAUAAGAUGCUAUGGAUCUGAGUCACAUUUCUCACUUCUAGUUACAAGUGACUUCAGCAAUGCCUUCUUUUGGUAAAAUUCAGGAAGCAAAAUUUGUCAUAAGCUGUCUUAAUGCUUUACAAAUCCUCUGACUGCAUAAUGAAGGUAAACUGACACGGUCUCUAGGGACAUCUAGUUAGUUUAUGGGCUAUAUUCCAACAGUGUACCACCAGUAGUAUUUAGGAGUUAACACCAGCGUUCCUAACUUGAGAAUCCAGCCUUCACACUACUGCUCCAGUGCUAGAAGUACUGUCAUAACCAUUGCAAGCAAUUGUGGUUAAAGUCUGCAGGACUGGGCCUUUCUUCCUAUUAACAUUUAUUAAUUUAAAGCUAAGAUUCAUGAGUCUGAUUAAAUCAAUUUCUAAGAUGUUUUUUAUUUCUCUAUGCAUUUUGUAUAUUAAACUCCUAGGUUAUUCAUGUUACAUUCUUAUUUUGGAGCAUGCAUAUUUGCUGCUGCAAAAAAUUUGCUUUUCAUUUGUUAACCUAGUGCCAGACUGGAUUGCUGUAUUCCACUCAAUGAGCCUGUGACUUUCUCUGCACUGACUUUGAGCCCAAAGUGCAGCUGACUUCUUUGUCUGGUGUUUCUUAAGUGUUUUCCCUCUCUACUUGCUAUAGAAUUUGUGCUACCUUUUCAUUCUUUCAGUUGUGUAGACUUUUAUAUGGGGAAAUUUGUCCAGCUGGAGUAACUAGUAAUCUCUGCCUUUUUCUGGCACUGCAGUGUACUUUUGUUCCCACUUUCUCACUUGGUCCUUCUAGCUUAUUGCACACUUCGAUACUCUGGGCUAGAGAGGUCACUGUGGUUAUGCAAAGAUCUUCAGAGGAUCUCCUGUUGUAGAACCCUUGAAUGACUUUCUUUUUCUCAGCUUGUGACUUUACUGCCAAGGCCCAUAUAUUGACCUUAGUCUCCUGUUUUAACUUGUGUAUAAGCUAUCUGCUGUUGUCAGAGUGUUUAGCAUUAACAUAGCUGGUUUCAGACUAAACUCUUUGGCACACAAUGGGGAUUUCUUUUUUUCCUUAAAAUUUUUGUGUAACGUCAGUAUAGUGGUAGCAAUUUAUUAAUGGUAAUGAUGUACUAUCCCUUUGUUGAUGGAACCUCAGAGCAAGUCAGUGGAAUGUACUAGGGUUGAGUUACAUUCCUAUCUGAAAGUCAUCUUUUUAAGUUUACUAUUUGGAGAUUUCUGUCAACUUAGUGUUACUCAAAGUAAGUAAAUUAUGUGAAAAAAUAAAAUCUAAUCAUGUCAUGAUGUGAAGUACCAUUGUGUUUGAAACUUUUUGAUUUUUGUCAUUUUCAGGAUGAAAAUCAAGACUAAUGUAUGUUAGAAUUUUAGAGUCUGGUAUACUCCUUUUCCCUAAAAAGCAAUCUUCCCUCAUGUAAGUUUUAUUUCUUUGCAAGAA